AUGUUUGGUGUUAAAUUUCAACCACAUCGAUCGUUUUUUAUUUUGGGAAUUUGUCUUUGUUUGUUUAUUGUGUAUCUUUUAUCGUCAAAUCAUCCAACAACAGAUCUGAAAGAUAAAUUUGCAAUUGAAAAUGAUGAAAAUAUUAAUUUAGUCGAUUUGUUUUCUUAUUCAUAUCAAUUAACGUAUCAAGCAGGACAAGCUAUUAAAUCGUUUAAAAAUAAAAAGGAAAAUUUUCGAGAGAUUUUUCAGAAAAAGUCUUUUGAAAAUCUACCGAGUGAACCAGUGACAAUUGCAGAUUUAAUUUCUCAUUCGAUUUUAACAAAUGGAUUGAAAAAGAAAUUUCAAAAUCUUCAAAUUAUCUCUGAAGAAAAAGAUUCAAUCAAUGAUGAACAAUUCAAAAUUAUUCAAAAGAAAUUCAAUGUCAAAGAUAAAUUAACAACGAUUCCACAAAUUACCAAUGAAAAUAAUUUUCUCACUGUUCCUUUGUCAUCCGUCGCGGUAUGGAUUGACCCAUUAGACGCAACAAAAGAAUUUACAGAAGAUCUGACUGAAUAUGUUAUGGUCAUGUUUUGUGUUACGAUUGACAAACAACCAACGAUUGGAAUUCUUUAUUCUCCAUUUACUGACAGAAUAACCUGGGGAUGGGUUGGAGUGAAUCAUUCAAUGAUCAAACGAGAUGAAAAUAGUCUCAAACCACUUCAUACAAAAGGUGUUGAUGAUAUCAUCGUAUCUCGUUCACAUGCAGGUCAAACAUUUCAACUUCUCAAGAGUAUUUAUCGUGAUAAACAAUAUAAAAUUAUUCCAGCCGCUGGUUCAGGUUAUAAAACAGUUCAGAUAUUAGAGGAUUAUGCGGAUUAUUAUCUUCAUAUUACACCAAUUAAAAAAUGGGAUCUUUGUGCUCCCGAUGCGAUUCUUCGAGCAAAUCAGGGAACAAUGACAACAUUGAAAAAUCAAACGAUUUCUUAUGAUCAUUCUAAAAAAGAUAUGUUAGUUGUUGAUGGAAUUUUAGCAACUCAUCAAAGAAAUCACGGAGAAAUUCUAAAUUUCUUAGCGAAUUCUAAUCUCACGAAAUAUUUGUCUAAGAAGAAAAAAACGGAUUAA